ACUCUCUCUCUUUCUCUUCAAAAUCCCCAAUUUUUGCAUUUAGGGUUUCACAAAUCGUCAUCUUUGUAAUCAGCGACCGACAUAAUCAAGCAUUGCGAAGAGCUUAAUUGCAGUUGUAAGGAGAAUUACGAAGCGGGAUUUGCGAUGCCGCGAAGAUGAGAGGAGAGGUACGACGACGAGAUGAUAACGGCGGAGAUUGCAUUUCAUUGAUGAUUUGCCAGAGGAAGAUGAUAAGGGAGAGGAGGAAGACCAUGAUGAUGAGGAUUACGGCGGUGGCAGUGGAAAGAGGAAUGCAAAGAAGAGGUCGGGGUCUCAUUUUUUUGAACUUGAAGCUGAAGUUGAUAGUGAGGAAGAAGAAGAUGAGGAGGAAGGCGAAGAUGGUGGUGUUCAUAAAAACGGCUGUAGGAAGCAUGACAGUUGAAGUGCCAGAGGACAAGCUAAGGAAGUAUAUGAGUUGAUUCGAGUACCAAGAUUGGUUAAAAAGAGUAAGAGCAACAACUGCAGUUACUUUGUUAUGUUUUUUGUUUGAAAUCAGCUUUAUUGUCACAUUCCUUUCACCAGUGAUGCUAAAACUGCAUGUAUGUUGUUAACUGUUCUGAUUGUUAUCGAGAAUAAUUUUUUUCAA